AUGCAGCAGCCACGCCCUGGGCCUACCCAGGCGGCGCCGCGCUCUUACGACAAGAAGGGGUACCAGACCAUCUACCCUCAGUACCUCGAUUCCUACCUGACACCCAGCGAAGGCCGGCGUCUCACCAAGUCGCAGGGCGUCGAGCACCCGACGAUGGAGGAGAUCCUUAAUGCACUUAGGGUUCUAGGCUACACGGAUGUCAUUGUAGACCCGGCCCGCUCAUACCCGCGGAGUCAGAGCACCACCAAGUUUCCAAUGGUGCCGCGCGGAUGCAUCAAGGUUGCCAUCAAGACGCCGGUGGACGAGCACUACAUCAAGAAGAGCGACUUUGACACACAGACGCGCAACGCUGUGGUGAGCAACAUCGACACCAAGCAAGAGCUCCUCCGUCGUGUCGCCGCGCUCAUCAAGGAAAAGAUGCCAAACCGACCGCAGCUGACGACCGUGGAGGACAUCAUCACUGCGUAUAAUCCCACACCGCAGCCGAAAAGCAAGAAGUAG